CUUGAACCAAACAUUGGAGGACUAGACAACGCAUUGUUGUUGUUUCGUCGGUUGUGAAUCAAAAUAAGAACAAACAAGUGGCUCAACAAACUCAAAAGUAGCAAUAAGUCCAUAGUGAUAAGAGGCAUUAAGCCCGCUAAUUACCUAAAAGUUCAAAAAGUGCGAAAUGGGCUGUGCGGAAAGCAAGGAUGGCGAGGGGGAGGCGCAAAACAAUAGGCCUAAAUACCGGUCCUGCACGGACACCUGCUGGCUGGCGAUUUACAUUAUAUUUUGGCUUUUCCUGAUUGUGAUAGCCAUCUUCUCGUUUGUUUACGGCAAUCCCCUGAGGAUCAUCAAUGGAUAUGAUUCCUUUGGCAACACCUGUGGCGUCAAGCACAAUGAAAAGUUCCAGGGAUUUCCGCUUUCCGGCAUGAAUACUUUAGAAAAACCUGAGCUCUUCUACUUCGAUGUCAAGGAGCUGAAAAAGUCUUUGAAAAUAUGCGUCAAGUCAUGCCCCAGCAAAACUAUGACGAAAGGUAGUGAACUGCUGGAAUACUACAGCCAAACGGGCAGUCAGCUCUGCAAAUAUGACUACAAUAUGCAGCAACUGAGUACGGCGGGAAAUAAUGGCCAAACCUUUAAUUUCCUGGGUCCCUGUCCCAGUUUACCCGUCCAUGAGAGUGCUCCUGUUCUUCAUCGCUGCGUGCCGAAGGGCACUGGAGAGAAGGUGCAGGACUUCUACGACAUGCUCAAUAACUGGGAUGUGGCCCAGCAGUUUGUUGGCGAUAUCUACUCUACCUGGCAUAUCAUUGCCAUGGUCUGUGGACUGGCUUUGCUCAUUUCCAUUGCUCUGGUGACCAUGAUGCACUGGCUAUCGCGCAUCGUCUCCUGGAUCAUCUGUGUCUUGGUUAUCGUGGCCAGUAUUGCCUUAACGGUGGCUCUUUGGUACGCCUACUAUAAUAUAAAGUACAAAUCUGGCAUCAACACACAAUACUCCCUGCUGGAGGAGUUUGUGCGCAAUCAGCAGGCAGUCUUGACUCUAGCUGUCUUGGCCACCAUAACUAUGGUUAUCCUUAUUGUGGUCAUAUACUUUUUGAAAAACAAAUUGUCUGGACUGUCUGCCCUCUUUGAGGAAGCUGGACAGUGCAUGAUGAACCUGCCAGGACUUUUGAUUGCCCCGCUUUUGGCUUUCCUUGUGCUUAUAGCCUUCUUGAGCUUCUGGGUUGGCGUGGUCAUCUGCUUGGCCACAGCCAGCUCUCCUGGCCAAAGUCCCAUUGCUCCUUUCGACAACUCAAAAGCGCAUCAGCAGCCAUUGCCAACAAAUGCCAUAUUUGUGCCAAAUAACACCAACGCAAAUGAAUUGAGAACCAACUCCCGUGUAGAAUACGCCGAUGCUGGAGCCCUUCGCAGCAUGUUCUGGAUUUAUGUGGUCGGACUUAUAUGGACAGUGGAGUUUAUUUUUGCUUGCCAGCAGUUUGCAUUGGCCGCGGCUGUGGCUUUUUGGUACUUCCAAAAACCCACUACAACACCUACGAUUUAUGCCAUUGGCAAACUAAUUAAGUACCAUUUGGGUACGGUGGCGAAGGGAUCCUUUGUCAUUACCAUAUUUAAGAUUCCCCGCUUAAUACUUACAUAUUUGUAUGCCAAAUUGAAAAAAGGCGAGGACAAGGGAUCGGAGUGCGCCGCCUGCUGCUUGAAAUGCUGCAUUUGUGGUUUCUGGCUACUGGAGAAGUUCAUUCGCUUCUUAAACCACAAUGCCUAUACUGUGGUUGCUAUUGAGUCCAUAAACUUUUGUCCCGCUGCUGGCAUUGCUUGGAAUGCCAUGGCCACAAAUGUUCUGCAAGUGGCCACCAUCAACAGUGUGGGCGAUUUUAUCCUGUUCUUGGGAAAGGUUGUGGUGGCCGCACUCUCCGGCCUUAUCGGUAUCGUUUUGCUCAAAGACAUGCCUGGUCUAAACUUCUACAUGGCGCCUGUCAUUAUCAUUAUAAUAUUCUCCUUCUUUAUUGCUCACAUAAUACUAUCGCUGUUUGAGAUGGUUGUAGACACUUUGUUCCUUUGCGUAUGCGAGGACAAAACCCUGAAUGGCCGUGCUGGUCGGUGGGCGCAGAGCAAUCUAGCCAAACUGGUGGGUGAGGAACCACUUCAACCCGGCGAGGAGCCGCCCAUCGAGGUGGUUCAAAUGAUGCCCAUCAACAAGCAGCCAUUCAGUAUUACUCGACUGCCACAGUCUGAAUCCGAAGUGGCUCCCAUGUCGCCAGAGUAGCUCUAAGAAGCAGCCAGAUGCUUUCGCUUAUGUAUUCCAGCCCAGAACCCCCCGAAACUCAACGCACAUCUCAUUAGGAUGUUAAUAUUUAUAUAAUUACCAUUUAACUCCGUCGCGACGUACAAAGCAGAAAAGUGGAACAAAUAAUAACUGGUAAUCUUGUCUAUUGAUAUAUAUUCAAACUUAGGAUGCACAGUUUGUAAACGUAUUUAUAAAGUUUAAUCGUUUUUGUAUCUAAAUGUAAAAUCGAGGUGUUUAAACCUUUUUCACGCGUUUAA